GUACCACACAAUAGCUGCAUCAGUGGAAAUGCAGGAUCGAACCGGAUAUUCGGAUCCUUUUUCCCUGACAUAUUACGAACGGCCGGCUAGCCGAAGGUGAAAGCUGUAUACGAUCACGAAAGCAAAAGAAGGUACCGGUUAAAAAAAGUUAGGCCUAAUCAGUUCGUCAGAAAAACUGACGAAAUUGCUUCCUGACGGGAAAUGGCACGUACUCCAUUAGGUUACCAUCUUGUAAAGCAUGUACCCAAAUGUGGAAAUAGGGAUUGCUGGUACAAGGGCUAUAUCCUGAUCCUGACAUUUCUAGCAUACACCACAUAUCAUCUAUCAAGGAAACCUAUUGGAGUUGUCAAGGGUGUUUUACAUUCUAAUUGCUCCAAGUAUGAUGGUGAUGAUAUCCCAUUCUUUCCAGUCUUUGAGAGUAAUACAACUGAUGCAUGCUGGUGCUGCUGGUCACCGUUUGAUGGCAGUGAUGCAAACGUUCUGCUUGGGAGCCUGGACUAUGCCUACCUAUUUGCAUAUGCCCUAGGCAUGUUUGCAAGUGGUCACAUCGGUGAGCGUAUGGAUCUACGUUACUUUCUAUCUUUUGGGAUGAUCAUGUCAGGAUUCUGGACAGCGAUGGUUGGCAUGGCAUAUUUCUGGAAGAUCCAUACAUUCUCUUAUUUCAUUAUAAUGCAGAUAGUAGGUGGUCUGUUUCAGGCUACAGGUUGGCCUAGUGUAGUCACAAUAGUAGCGAACUGGUUUGGAAAAGGAAGGAGAGGACUGAUAAUGGGUGUAUGGAACACACACACUAGCCUUGGUAAUAUCUUAGGUUCUUUAGUAGCAGGGAUCUUUGUAGACCGUGCAUGGGGAUGGUCAUUCAUUGUUCCAGGUUUCAUCAUUGCAGGGAUGGGUGUCAUUAUAUUCAUCUUCCUAAUAGUCUAUCCAUCUGAUAUUGACUGUAAACCACCCAAUAGAGUUACAUCAUCUGAUUCUAAUGAGUAUGCUGAAGACAGAGAGACAUUUCUCAAUACACCGAGAGAGGAACGAACAAAUCCUGAUGAUAUCAAGGCUAUUACAUUCUGGGGAGCUUUGAAGAUACCAGGUGUGGUUGAGUUCUCAUUAUGUCUAUUCUUCGCCAAACUAGUCAGUUAUACAUUCCUUUAUUGGUUACCUGCAUACAUUCAUUCAACAUCCCAUGUAAGUGAUGAGAGAGCAGCUGACUUAUCAACUCUAUUUGAUGCUGGUGGGAUCCUGGGUGGAAUAUUAGCUGGUUUCUUAUCAGACCUGGCUGACUGCAGUGCAACAGUAUCUUUCGUCAGUUUAAUAAUAGCUGCACCUUUAGUUUAUUUAUAUAAUGCAUAUGGAUAUAUAAGUUUUACCAUCAGUAUAACACUAAUGAUGAUAACAGGGUUCUUUGUAAAUGGUCCAUAUGCUCUGAUAACUACAGCAGUAUCCGCUGAUCUGGGUACACAUCCAUCUUUAAAAGGCAAUGCAAAAGCAUUGGCAACAGUGUCAGCUAUCAUUGAUGGUACUGGGACGAUAGGGGCAGCUGUAGGCCCCCUUCUCACCGGGGUUUUAAACUCUAAUAAUGAUUCAAGUGGCUGGUAUAGGGUCUUUCUUAUGUUGUCUGCUGCAGAAAUAAUAGGUGCCUUGCUGAUGGUUCGGCAGGUGGUAAAAGAAAUCCGGAAAUGGUGUAGGAAAUCCACUGUGUAUCAACCGCUGAAUACUGCCCCCAAUGAUAUCGAUGGUUCUUCGAUGCAACUAGAGGAAUCAGGACGGAAGACUCCGCCCCUCUCAUACUCCACAUUUCCCUCUCAAACAGGAAUAGCGCCCUCAAUGCAGAGACCCAGUUAGGCCCUGAUUUUAGUCCCACAGAGAUUCUUAAGUGAGAUUCACUUAUCACAUGAUGAUGAUUGACCUUACAUUACACCCUAGAACACCUGACAAGUAUAACCAACAUGGAUGCUGCCAUACAUGUAUUACUCAUCUCACUCCACCAUGAUUUUAAAACCUACAAAUUGUAUUUUUAAACCCAUAUUCCAUGAGUCUGGUGACCACAAAUUUAUAGGAGUACUUGGAAACAAUGCAACCAGGCUAUGUAAAUGUUGCAUGUUAUUAUUAUUGUAGGGGUUGGUAUAGUUGAAUACUAGUCUUAAAAUGAUUCAGUACUCAAACUCUUUUAAUUUGAAUCAAUUUUGUUGACAUACAGAUAGUAUUUGUAUGACACAAGAUAAUACCUGUACAACAUGAGAUAGUAUUGGUAUUACAUUAGAUAGUAUUAACUGUAUGACAUCAGUGGUAUUCAGGUAAACACUUGUCAUAUGUGGUAUGAUUUUCUACUAUAUAUUUAUGUUAACAGGAGUUGAUUCUUUAAUGACCAACAAUGGUAAUAUUAUACCAAAUAAAGACCGUAGCCUACUGUGUUUUGUCUGUCCAUAAAUAAAUCAUAUAAGGGAGCUUUUCAUGAAACGACUUGUCAAAUGAAUAUCUGACUCAGCCAAUUAAAAUUAAGGAAAGUUGUCAGCUCUGUCACCUUGUCAGACAUUAAAUAUUAAUAGAAUGCUCACCAAGGCCCUGUUGCUAAAGUUACUAUUCUAGUAACUUUGCCAUCCAAUGAUAACUACUAGAUGUUAACACUGAUUAACAUUCAAUAAAAAUGGAGGAUUCCAUGCGAGUUAACAUUGGAUUGGUAAACUAUGCAACAGGACAGUGGUAUGACAUGAAAGAACUGUCGUGUGCCUGGAAAGUAUUAGGCCAGCUUAUGCUGAUAUAUGUCAGGCAAGGCUUUAUGUCAGUUAAUUAUAUUUCUUGAUUUCCAGAAUUCCUGAUAUCUAGAAUUGACAUUUUUAUCCUUUCAAAUUGAUUUCUGUAUACUAGUAUCAAGAAAUAAGAUGUUGAAGUAAUUUCCAGAUGAUUUACUCUCUAACUAUAUCAACUUGACUUGUUAAAUCACCCAGUUAUGGCAUCCCCUGCUGAAUUUGUAUUGUCUUGAUUUUAAUCGACACAUAUACAAUUUGCUAUUUUUUGGUAGAUAUAUAUUUAUUUUAGAAAAAAUGAGUAUUGUAUUAAGUCAUUGUUAUGUUAUAUCAAUAUUAUUGUUAUCAUCAAAUAGUGAUAUUUAGUAUGGUGCAAUGAUAAUAUAGAUUGUCAUACUCAGGUCAUCUAGCCAAUGAAUUUAAAAUCGUAAUUUGAAUGAUGAUUCCAGUGAAAAAUAAGGCAAAUGACAAAUUUUUAGCACGUGUGAAACCAAACUAAAACGUAAUUAGAAUCAGAAAUGCUAAUCACAGUCACAAAUUCAAAUUCUACUCCAGAGGGGAAUUCUAGUUCCAUUCAAUCACAGUUUUCACGUGAGCAUGUGAAAGGUCCGAUGAUUCUAAAGACGAAUUGCAGACCCUUAGUAUGUUUCAUUAAUUCUGUUUCUUG